CAAAGAAGCUCCAUACUGGAUAACUUUAACAACACUGGAAUGGACAACUCCAACAACGAGAUCUCAAAGUAAAAGACUAAAAAUAUUAAUACUUAAGAAAAAAAAAAAACAAAUAUACUUUGAAACAAAAUCAAAAUGUAAAAAACCAAAAAACUACACGAUGGCAAUAAAACUAGAUGACUCUAACAACGAAACACCAGAAUGA